UCCCGUCCCCCGGCCGUCGGACCGAUUGCGUCAACGCCGAGGUGGAGCGGUGGUGCGUGCGACGCGUUAACACAUCGGCGGGGAGUAGGUGUCCCCUCUCCGCGGGGUGUUCCUGUGUUUUCGGACGUGCCCGUCGCCCCUUCCGCUCCUCGCCACGGACGUGUCGUGUUGUUUCUUAACAGUCGGCGGGGCGGACUGCGGACAGCGGUAAUUCGACGCGACGCCACGAUUGAGGACAAUGAUGGACGAGAUGUAGAUCCGCUUCGGGGCGGAGGGGACGGGCAGCUGUGACUGCGUGACAUUUGACAACGUCGUGUCAUUUUGGAGCAGACGACGACGGCGGCGGGGGGCCGACGGUUAUCAUCAUCGAUCCCCGAUCGCGGGCGAUGCGUCCUCGUGUUGUUGGUAAACCGCGGAGCCCAGCACGUCGGUAGAGACCGCCCGUCGGACCAGAGAGAUGGAGAUCCUCGGCGACUACGAGUACAAUCCCAAGGACCUGAUCGGCACCGGCGCCUUCGCCGUGGUCUUCAGGGGCAGGCAUCGCAAAAAACCAAAUUUAGUAGUGGCUAUCAAGAGUAUCACAAAGAAGACUUUGGCAAAAUCGCAAGACUUGCUGAAAAAGGAGAUCAAAAUUUUAAAGGCAUUGACUAAACUACAUCAUGAGAAUGUUGUCGCGCUAUACGAUUGUAAGGAGUCUAAUCAUAAUGUCUUCCUGGUUAUGGAAUAUUGCAACGGUGGAGAUUUGGGAGAUUAUUUAAAUGCGAAAGGUACUCUUUCUGAGGAUACCAUCAGGCUGUUCCUCAAGCAGUUGGUUCGCGCGAUGAAGGUACUGCACGCCAAAGGGAUAGUCCACAGGGAUCUCAAGCCGCAGAAUAUCCUGUUGAAUCACAACUGUGGUAAAACCUGUCCACAGCCACAUGAAAUAACAUUAAAAAUAGCGGAUUUUGGUUUUGCUAGGUUCCUGCAGGAAGGCGUAAUGGCUGCGACUUUGUGUGGAUCGCCGAUGUACAUGGCGCCCGAAGUCAUUAUGUCUCUUCAAUAUGACGCUAAGGCGGAUCUGUGGUCGGUUGGCACGAUAUUAUACCAAUGUCUCACCGGGAAGGCACCGCAUCCCGCAAAUAAUCCUCAUGCACUCAAGUCGAUCUACGAGAACACUGUUAAUCUUGUUCCUAGUAUACCUCCUGGAACAUCACCGGAGCUGACGAAUCUUUUAAUGGGCCUGUUGAGGCGCGAAGCGACUGACCGCAUGGAUUUCGACCAGUUCUUUGGUCACCCGUUCCUCACGGGUGUCCGAGAGAGUCCGAGUCCAAGCCCUGUGCCUACCGAACUGCCGGCAUCGCCGGGGACAAUGGCGAUUCCGAUCGAGGAAGGAACGCCGAUUGUCAACAGAUCGGAGCCCGAAACGACGGAGACUCCUUGCUCCAGUCCCGAGGAUGACUUCGUCCUUGUGCCGAGCGACAUCAGUAGCGAUACUGACAAUAAUCCGCCAGUCAAGUAUACCAAACAAAUGAGUAGAGAAGCUGUCAGUCCACCCCGGCCAUGCUUAUCGAAAUUGGGCGAGUAUACCAGACAGACGAGCAGGGAAGCCAUCAGUCCACCCAGACCAUGCUACCUGCCGAUUUCUGAGCCGAUUCCCGUUCCAUGUCAACGAAAUGCAGCGGCUCAGCAACCCCAAUCUCCCUUGACGAAUGCCGCCCGUUCUGGCAGUAGCGUCGUGCCCCGCUCACAACCGAUCAGCAUGAAACGCAGUGUGGAUUCCCACAGAAGUCACCCACCGGACAUCGGCUCCCUCAGUCCGCCUAGCGUGCAGUUUGUCAUCGGCACUCCGCCCGGCAGAAGGUUGAGCGAGACUCCGCCGCCGCCUAACACCUGGCAGGUCAGCCCUGUAGCUAGACACUCGCACACGCCGAGCGGAACCUCACCGUUGCGCCGUUCCACGGGUAAUAACAGCGCAUCCUCGCCAUUGCUCACAGGUCCGCUAGCGGUACUUGGCUCGCCCACCUCGCGAGCUUUUCAAGAUAACAACAACACUCUUAGGCAUUCGCCUGUCAUACCCUUCGGCACUAGGGCCGUCACCCUUCCAGAAAUAUCUGAAGCCGGUAGUUUCCAAAGUCUCUUUCCGGAUAUACCACCGACGACAAUCGAUGAUCGUCCAUUAACGUUUAUCGCGCCGGAGCUACCGGAGGAGACGAUAAUGGAGCGUGAGCACAACGAGAUCCUGGCCAAGUUGAAUUUCGUCGUGGCAUUGUGCGAAUGUGUAUGCGAAGUCGCCAGAUCCAGGGCUGGCCCGCUCGGCAAUAUCGAGCAACCGGCGCCUCUCGGCAGCAUCGAACAGGCUGGUAAUGCGGCCACCAGGAAACGCGCCGAGCAGGUCAUCCUUCUGGUACGAGCCCUUCAGUGGCUCAGCUCCGGCCUGAAUCUGGCCACUCAGGAACUCAAAGCCGGAAGGCUGCAACCGACAGCCACCGUGAAGGAAGUUGUCAGUACCAUGAACGAGAAAUUUAAGUUGUGUUUGAUGGAAUGCAAGCAACUGAAUAGCGUGGGCCUUCUUCGUCAAACAGGAGCUACGGCGGACAAGAUACUGUACAAUCAUGCGAUUCACAUGUGUCAAUCAGCGGCAUUGGACGAGCUAUUUGGAAAAGGCGGCGAAUGUUUCCAGCGAUACCAUACGGCGCAGAUAUUAUUGCAUUCGUUAGCGCAGCAUGUCAGCCAUAGCCAGGAUCGAGCUCUACUUAUUAAAUACAAAGAGGCAGUAGAGAAGCGGCUUUACGUGCUACAACAGCAAGGCUACAUCUACGCAACCGAACCCACGUAGCGCUUGUGAAACACGGCAGCUGAAUGCGGCGGCAACAGCCGCCUAAAAGAGAUCCCGCCCGAGCAGCCGCCUGUACCAUCAUACUCGAUAUCGCUCUUGUGUAAUAUAUUCUGCCCUAUUCUGUACAAAAGGCGUGAUUGAUGCCACAGCUCUAAACGGAGGCGGGAGUUCUCCGAAUUCGCGGCUGACAUUAUUUUAUCAAGGUUAAUUAAUUCAAAAGAAUGCUCCGUAGUUCCACGCGGAAUAGGAUAGACAGAAGAAAGUGAAAGUUUCCUGUCCACACCAUCUGUCCCCAUCCAUCCUGUCCCCAGGUUACUUUAUAUGAUUUAUUAAAGCUUGGUAUAAUUAAGAUAUUACAUUGUAUAAUGUACGUACACGUGGUCGAUUAACUAAUCUUUGUUUCGUAUAUCGAUCAAUAAACAUGUGUAUACUAA